AUGAUGUGGGCCGUGGUUCUUGCUCUUUGUUUGGGGAAUGUCCUCAUCGGAGGAGAGGCCAGCGAUCAGCAUUCAGAGCGGGGGCCUGGAACUGAACCCUCUGAAACGGCCUCCCCGGGUAUUUUAAUACGAGAAAAGCAGGAAUCCAACGGCUCGAUCCAUUCGGCGGACGCAGCGGGACCAAAAACGCCGCACCCUCCUAUGUGCCUGGAGUCAGCGGGGAUCAGAGACGCCUUCAAAUAUGUCAAUACUGUGGUUUCACUGCUGGUGUUUGUUGUUGGAAUAGUUGGGAACAUAACCUUGCUGAGAAUCAUCUAUGUGAACAAAAGCAUGAGGAGUGGACCCAACAUACUCAUCGGGAGUCUGGCUUUGGGCGAUCUGAUCCACAUUGUGAUAGACAUCCCAAUAAACGCAUACAGGCUCAUGGCAGAGGAUUGGCCUUUUGGUUUAGUGCUGUGCAAACUCGUCCCCUUCAUACAGAAAACCUCUGUUGGAAUCACAGUGUUGAGCCUGUGUGCCCUGAGUGUUGACAGAUACCGCGCUGUGGUUUCCUGGAAUAGAAUCAAAGGCAUCGGGGUGUCGGUGUGGACAGCGAUUGAAAUAACUCUGAUAUGGGUCGUCUCGAUCCUGCUGGCUGCGCCUGAACUUGUCGGCUUUGACAUGAUAACGAUGAACUAUAGAGACAAGCAUCUGAGAAUAUGUCUGCUUCAGCCCAUGCAAACCACACGGUUCAUGCAGUUUUAUAAAUCAGUGAAAGACUGGUGGCUCUUUGGCUUUUACUUCUGCAUGCCACUGGUUUGGACCGCCGUCUUCUACGCGCUCAUGACCCGGAAGAUGCUGCGAAAGACUCAGAAUGUGUUGAGUGACCACACCAAGCAGAGACUAGAAGUCGCAAAAACGGUCUUCUGCCUGGUGGUUGUGUUUGCUCUCUGCUGGCUGCCUCUGUACCUGAGCAGGAUCUUGAAAUUAACCAUAUAUGACGAGAAAGAUCCCAACAGGUGUCAACUGCUGAGUGCCUUUCUUGUCCUGGACUACUUUGGCAUCAACAUGGCGUCGCUCAACUCGUGCAUCAACCCCAUCGCGUUGUACAUCGUCAGCAAAAGGUUCCAGAUAUGUUUCAAGGAGUGUCUGUGCAGUUUGUGUCUACCUCUCCAAGCUGUUACCCAUGACGAAGUGCAGUCUGUUUCCAAGUCCAGGAUGCAGGAUCAGGCCUCGGAGCAGAGCAGCAGCAUCAAAGCUCACAAGCAGACGUGCGCGCCUCAGCCCGAGCAGGAGAACUCCUUACUGUGUUAA